AUGAAGAUUCAGUGUGAUGUGUGUGAGAAAGCUCAAGCAACAGUGAUUUGCUGUGCUGAUGAGGCUGCCUUGUGUGCUAAAUGUGACAUUGAAGUGCAUGCUGCAAACAAGCUUGCAAGCAAACACCAAAGGCUGCUUCUUCAAUGCCUCUCCAACAAGCUACCUCCUUGUGACAUAUGCCGAGAAAAGCCGGCUUUCAUUUUCUGUGUUGAAGAUAGAGCACUCUUCUGCCAAGACUGUGAUGAACCUAUCCACUCUGCCAAUCGUCUUGCUGCAAACCACCAGCGAUUUCUUGCUACCGGAAUUCGGGUUGCUUUGAACUCCAGUUGUAAUAAGGACGAUUUAAGUCAGACGGAGCCGAGGUCUCCCAGACCAAAUAUGCAACAGAUUACCAUGAAAACAGCCAUGCAGCAGCCUUCUAGUAUCACCUCACCAUCCUGGGCUAUUGACGAUUUGCUUCAAUUUUCAGACUCUGAAUCAUCCAAGAAGAAGGAGCAACUUGAACUUGGGGAGCUUGAGUGGUUGACAGACAUGAACCUAUUUGGAGAACAAGUAGGCCAGGAGGCAUUAGCAGCAGCCGAAGUACCUCAACUACCGGUGUCUCAACCAAGUCAUGGUACCUCUUAUAAACAAGCCAAAUUUUUCAUGCCUUACAAGAAGCCUAGACUUGAAAUUCCAGAAGAAGACGAUGAUGAGUUUUUCACCGUGCCUGAUCUUGGUUGA